AUGGAGAAUUUGGAACAGAUUAACAAGCUUACUGGUGGCCUCCGUCACCUGAGACUUCGUGAUGCUGACGAACUGGUCAAGUAUUCCGUCCCCGUUGGAAACGUUCCUCGUCCCGGCUUCAAUACUACCGGCAAGGAGAUAGAGGUCUCGGUGAACGCCUACCCGAUCACCAAAUUUCCCAACCGUAAUGUUUACCAGUAUGAUGUCCACAUUGGCUCCGGUGUCGAGAAAAAUGCCGUGAUCAAGAAAGUCUGGAAUUCAAAUGCAAGAAAGACUGCCUUGAAGCAGAUUGUUUUUGACGGACAGAAGCUUGCUUGGUCUAUGAACCACUACCCAAAUGGACUGAACGUUAUGGUCGAUCUCGACGCUGAGCAAGGCCGUCAGCCUAGCGGUAAAACUGCCAAUGUUUUCCGUCUGGUCGUCCGGCCUACCAAAACUGUCAACCUCUCUGUGUUGGCCGCAUGGCUCCAGGGCCGAACCUCCAUGCAGGAGACCGUUCUGGAAGCCCUCAAUUUUCUGGACCAUGUCCUUAGAGAGUAUCCGAGUACCAAAUAUCUGGCUCUCAGGCGUUCGUUUUUCGAUCCUGAUGGGGAGAAUAAGGACUUGGGCAAUGGUGUCCUUGCCUUCAAAGGAGUCUACCAGGCGAUUCGGCCUUCCAUUAGUCGUGGACUUAUCAUCAACGUGGACGUUUCCAACACUUGUUUUUGGGCUCGCACUUCCUUUAUGGGUGCUGCGAUGGCCGUACUUGACUGCCGUGACCACCAACAUCUUAUCCAUGUGCUGAAGUCAGUUCCCGACGGCCAUGGCGGGGUUACUGAGUCUAACUCGUUCUAUGAAGCCCAUCGACGCUUGAAGAAGCUCCAAGUUCAGCCCCAUUACCGAGGCUGCCCCGUGCUGGGUACAAACUUCAUCGUCAAAGGCCUCAUCAAUGGUAAUGCCCGCCAGUACCAAAUUGAAAUCAAGGACAAAGCUACGGGCAAGCUUGAGAAGAUGAGCGUGGAAACUUACUUCAAGAGAAAAUAUAAUCUCAUCCUCAACUACUGGGAGUUGCCCAUGGUGGAAAUGACGAAGAAAGGCGUCGUCUAUCCAAUGGAAGUUUUGACCAUCCAUGGCCUUCACAAGUACCCAUGGAAACUGAAUGAGUACCAGACAUCGGCGAUGAUCAGGUACGCGGCCGCGAGACCCAGCGACCGUCUUCAGUCCAUUCACAAGUCCAAGGCCAUGCUUGAUCAUAGCAAGGACCCUGUGCUUCAGACAUUUGGCCUUCAAAUUGACAACAACAUGAUUCGUACCAAGGCCCGUUUGCUUCCAAACCCGGACAUCCAAUUUGGUGGAAACCAGCGCCAUAAUCCUGGCACCAACGGUCGCUGGGAUCUUCGUGGCAAGAAAUUCUAUCAGCCAAACAGGCGACCUCUUGACUGCUGGGGAGUGGGCUACUUUCCCGGCAAACGCAACGCGAUAAACAGAACCCAAGUGGAAACCUUUGUCGAUGGAUUCAUGAAGACCUACACUGGACACGGGGGCCACGUCGUGCAACGCCCACUUGUUGUUGAACUCAAGGAAGACAUUGGCGAAGCGAUCAAGAGGCUCUACAAUUCCACCGGAGUCAAGUUCCAGAAAGAUCCUCAGCUGCUCCUGGUUGUUGUACCUGACAAGAAUUCUUUCACUUAUUCCCGGAUCAAGAAGUCCUGCGACUGCCGCUGGGGUGUGCCGUCCCAGGUUUUACAGUCGGCUCAUGUGGCCAAGGCCAAUCCUCAGUAUAUUUCCAACGUGCUCAUGAAGGUGAACGCCAAACUCGGCGGUACCACCGCUCGGAUUCUAUCCAAGGUUCCUGAAUCGACACUGAAACCAAUGUCGAUGAUCAUUGGGGCCGAUGUAACACACUCUCCCCUUGGAGUCUGGUCGCCUUCCAUGGCGGCUAUGUCGGUUUGCAUGGAUACAUUCGGGGGUCGUUAUUGGGGUGCCUGCGAGGCCAAUGGAGACCGGAUUGAGAUCCUCGCCCGUGCAAAUAUCGAGAUCAUGCUGACCCCUCUCGUGCGCGAAUGGAUGUCUACUGUUGGACAAGGGCGUGCGCCAGAACGCGUCUAUUACUUCCGGGAUGGCGUGUCGACUGGUCAAUUUGAGCAAGUCCUCCAGCAAGAGGUCUUUGAUAUCAAGGGCAUCUUUAUGAAAUUAACCCAGGAUCAGUGGAAGGGAAAAUUUACCGUGGUGAUCGCAAACAAGCGCCACCAUCUUCGCGCCUUUCCCAGGUUUGGUGAUCGCAACUCUGCCGAUAAAAACGGCAACCCUCUUCCUGGCACAUUGAUCGCCAAGGAUAUUACCAGCCCUCAUGAUUGGGACUUCUUACUGUACUCGCAUAUCGCGCUCCAGGGAACGUCAAGACCCGUUCACUACCACGUCAUCUUGGAUGAAAACAAGCACAAAGCGCAAGAGUUGGAGAACAUGAUCUAUGACCAUUGCCACCAGUAUAUGAGAUCGACCACCUCAUCCCGGCAGUUUACUAUGCCCAUCUCAUCGCCACUAGGGCCCGUCAUCAUGAGGAUGUUCCAGCAAGCUCUGGCCCGCAAAGCGGCCCCGAGGUAA